GAGUUCAUCGCAAUACUGUACCGUCAACCGACCGAAUAUAACGCACGCAGAGCUCUUACUACUUACAAGUUCAUUAUAAAUUUUGGAGAAGUUACCCACAAUAGAGCAAAUAUUCCAGUUCAAAUAUCCAACACUAAAGUCAGUUGCGUCAAGUUCACAUUUUCCUCACUUCUUCAAUUCUCCGGUUGUUCGCGGUUGAGAAUCUGCACGGGAGAAAUUCGCGUUUUCUUUCCUUUCUCUUAUCAUUAUUGUGACCAAAGUAUAACUUUGAUUUGAUUUCUUCCAAAAAGUUGAGAGAAGAAGAAGAAAAAAAUUGACACCAUCUCAGUUUAAAUUCUCAUCGCCAACGACGAUUAAAAAAAAGUGUUGAGCCGAAAUCCGCCAGAGUUAAGAAGAGUAAAAGCAAAGUGUGUGUUAUGAGAUAAAAUAAGGAAUUCCAAGAAAAUAAUACAUAAUUAAAGUAAGAAAGUAUAAAAAUAAUUCGAGAUAAAAAGUAGUGAAUUUAGAGGAUUUUCGACGUUUCAUUUUUUUAUGAUUAAAUUGAAUGAAGGGUGUAAAAUACGCGUAAUCGAAAGUGUUUUUUGUAUUUUUCUACUUUUAUAAUUCUGUUGUAAUAUUUGCGAAAGUAUAUAUAUAAAGGAGGAGCAAGGAAAAAAAUCUCUAACUAAAAAAAUACCACUAAAAACACAUUUAAGAGUACAUAAAGAUAAACAGCAUAAAGAUAAGAAAUCUAAAAUUCUGACUAAGAGAAGAUUGGCUGAAGCUGCAAACCCAAUUGGGCGAGAAAGUGUUAAUUUAUGUUGAAAGCAGAACGAACUGAUUUAUCGUAAGAACAAUAAAUACAAAUUGUAAGUAAUAACACAAAAAUAUAUACAGUGGAAUAUAAGAGAAUCGUGAUUGAGAAGACUCACUCAUUUCGACUUGUGCUAAAUUUGAAUGCAUUGUUCAACUGAAAAUCAAUAGACCAAAUCCAGACAAGGUGAUCGUAUACGAUUGCUGUGGCGGAAUCAAUUGUGAAAUUGGCAGAACAUCUGCUUGUGAUUGUAUUACCCACCCACCCGUGUUUUGCAAGUUGCUGACGACAAAAGAUGCAUAUAGAAAUCCAAGUUGCACUCAAUUUUGUCAUAUCCUACCUGUACAACAAAUUACCACGUCGCCGUGUGAAUUUAUUCGGAGAGGAGCUUGAGAAGGCGCUCAAGGACAAAUUUCAAGGUCACUGGUAUCCGGAGAAACCCUUCAAGGGCUCUGCAUUUCGUUGCCUGAAAACCGGAGACCCGACCGAUGCUGUCCUCGACCGGGCGGCCAGGGAGAGUGGUGUCCCCAUCAAUGACAUCCUCGAGAAUCUUCCAUCCGAAUUGGCGGUCUGGGUCGAUCCCGGAGAGGUGUCCUACCGGAUCGGCGAGAAAGGAGCCAUCAAGAUCCUCUUCUCGGAGGCCAGUGAACACCACGAGGACUCCUCCUCGGCUGAUCGCGAAGUCACGAAAACAUUCAAUCCAGAGGCGCAAUGCUUCCGGCCAAUCGAUGCGGUCAACUCGAGCUUCGGCGCUCUCAGCAUAAGUCCAAAGACAACACCCAAUGGAUCGCCUCUCACGUCCACUGGGAGUCCAACAUUCAAGAAUGGUGCUCUGACAACCAGUCCAGCACCCGGCACCGGUGCCCCCUCAUUCCUGCCACGCACCCAGGCACCGCUCACCUUCACCACGGCCACAUUCGCUCAGACCAAAUUUGGCAGCACCAAGUUGAAGACCAGCUCCAAGAGAGCAAACAGGCAAUUCCCGUGCAGGAUGUCGCCCACGGAGUUCUCCAACUACAUCAAGCAGCGAGCUAUGCAGCAGCAAUUGCACCACUCGCAUAACCACAAUGGCAACUCCAACGGAAAUCACCUGGGCCCCAUCGGACCGGCAUCGCCAUCGCGCUCCAUCUCGCCGAAUCCGCUCACGCUCGGACUCGGCAACGACCCGUACUUCUUCCAGAACCUCAACAUGGGCAUGUAUCCGCAAUUCGGGGGGCCGCGUAGCGUCUUCGGCGACUCUGGGCACUUCGGCGCCCCGCCGCAGGACAUGUACUCCUCGCCCAUGAGUAAGUUCAAUUCGUACCAGGAGCCGCACAACUUCUAUGGCAGCGGCGGCUUAUCCAGCGGUCAGCAGGGCGUCAUGGGUGGCGGACUCAGCGGCAGUCCGUCCGCCGGACUCUCCGCAGACGCCCCAACGGCGCCCGGCAGCGGCUCCGCGUCCGGCCAGGGAGCCGAGGGUGGCUCCCCCGGCACCAGCGACAGCGCCAAACUCCUCGACGGCCUCAACUCCUUCUACAGCAAUGCAGGUCCGUAUCAGCAUCUCCUAGUCGCAAACUAGACAAUGUACAUUGAGACACACAAGAUCGGUUGCCACAUAAUUUAUUUUUCUACACUAUGUUUUGUACUUUUUUAUUGAGGAAUACAUGAAUAUAUAUUGUGUACAUAAAUGAGGCGUUGGCAAUCAUUCGCGAUUGCUUGAAGGAUACUUUUAACUCACCUGAAAGGAGCACUUGUUAUCGACUGGGGAUGAUAUGGAUAAUUUCUCUUCUGUCUAGCGACUCGAAUUGAUUAGAUGUGGAAGGAAGAGAAAUUGUACUACUUAGAAAAUACACUACACAGGGUAAUACGCGAGAAUCAUGGAAAGAUAUCGAUGGUUUCUUUUUCGCGAUGUUGCAAAGCAUCUGAGAGAAAGAAUGGUGAAGAAAAUAUGUCAUAGGAUUUGUCUGUUGAUUUGAGUUUCCUAUGUUUUUUUUCGGUCUUCUUAUUACCAUGAAUUUAUCAAAAGAAAUGAGACGAUACUGUGUAGUAGAGCUACACAAUAGACAAGAGAAAUUUAAGAAGAAAAGAGUCACCCACCAAAAUGUAUCAUUAUAAUCUACAUUACAUGCAAUUAGAAAUGCAAAUUGAUAAACUAUUGUAAAUAAUUUUAUUUACAUAAUUACUAAAAUAUAAAUGAAAUAAUUUUGUACGAGAAACAGUGGUGUAAAGGAAUUUUUAUGGACAACAAAAUAUUAAGGACAAAAAAGAAAACAACCAAAAUGUGACCGAGAAGAUAUAGAAACACUGUUAUAAGACAUGGAAAUUUUGCCGUCUCCAGAAAACUUCUAACAAAAAGUAUAAUGUUGAAAACAAGAUUGCGAAUGAAGGUUAAUAAAAAAACACACAGUUUUGAGUCUUACAAACCACGAGUGGUGAAGAGAAUUAACAAGCAAGAAACAAACAAGAAAAAAAAACACUGUAAAGAUGGAUUUUACCUUUACGGCAACUUUUAAGAUAGUUUAUACUUUAUUUUUUCACUUGCUUCGUAUUGAAUACGAUUAUACAGAAAUAAUGAGACAUAAGAUGAGAAGAAAUACAUAGGACUAUAUUCUUUUAGAGAAGACAUUACAUAUUAAAAAGUAUAUUAGGAUAUAUUUUAGCAAGAGCAUGUAAGACCUGUUUAUAAAACCUAUUGUAGACAUUUCAUAUAACAGAUGAUAAUAGCAGAAUAUAACACAAUCGUUUCAUUGUAGAUUAUAUGAAGAAAAAUGCUACAAGAUCAUAAGAUGAUAAAUUAUGUAGACAUAAUUUUUUACUAUUUGUUACCACUUUUUUUGAAAAUGAAAUCUUUUUUAUUGUUUUUUUUUAAAUUAUAAAUUUACUUUUUUUGUAUGUAAUAAUUGUUUUCCAAACUCAAUGUCGUCCAUUAUAACACUGAAGAUAUUUUAUUUUUUAUUUUGAAAAUACGAAAGAGUUUUGAUGAUAUAGUUGAAGAAAAUUGAUAACAAAUAAAUCACGUGAAGUAUUCAAUACUAUCUAGUCGGCUUAUUCUAUAAAGAAGAAGAGGAAGAAAAAAAACAACUAUAAUAUUUAGUUAAUAAAGAAAAAAAAAACAAAGAAAAGAUAAAACUAAAUUUGCAUAUCAGUAAAAAACAAUAAAGUAAUAUUACAGUGAGAUGUGAAAAACAUGUAAAAAGUUGUUUUAAACGUAAAUAAGGACAACAUUUAAAUUAUUCUAGGCUUUAUGAUGUGAAAAAAAUAGUGGGAUAAAGCAUGUAAAAGAGGAAAAAUCAAAUGAUAUUGACGAACACAAAAUUUUAUAUUAAAAAAAAACUGUAUAAAAGGUGCUAAUGAGAGGUGGAGAAAAAGAGUCAAAAACCCAUACAACUUUCUGCAUAUAAUCUGAAUAUUUCCCGUGAAGUUCAUUAUUUAUUUAUCUACAAUGUUUUUCAACUAAUUCUAUUCUGUUGGAUAAAGCUACCAAGAAAUCAUAUUUAGAGCAAAAAGACAACAAAUAGACCUUCCUUUCUGUCCAACCUCAUUUAAAAUUUAUCAAUUUACUUUAGCAUUGAGAGUAAUCACUAUAAUAAAGCUAAUUGAAGUACAUACUAGAAGAAACAUGUACCUUUUGUGGUAGAAAUUUUUAUUAAGCAGUACCUGCCGUAAACAUUGAAAAUGGAAGUGAAACACUUCAGAAUUGUAUCACAUUGCAUAUGCAUUGCAGAAAAUAAUUAUUGUAUAGUGAAAAUACGCAUUAUUUUCUAAUGAUAACAUAAAUAAUUAGAUAAUUGCGUUAUAGAAAGACUAAUAUAUUUUUUAUCUCCUUUUUUUCACGAAUAAUUUUUUGUUAAACUAGCUUUUCUGCACCCAAAGAACGAUUCCAUGCACUCCUCCUUCGCUGGCUUCAUUUUGUACUUUUUAUUAAAUAAAAAUGAGAGAAAAGAGAUAAAGUGUUGAGAAAUAUUUCAUGACCUCAUAUCGGAGGAACAUUAUAUCAGUGGAGCAAUUCUACUUUCUAUGUUUUGUACUUUUUAUCCUUCCCUUUUUCUUCUAUUUUUGCAAAUUGCGACCAAUUCGGAAUAAAAUCGAGAGUAAUUUUCACAGUUGAGUUCAAUUCAUUUUGAAUGUAUAAUGAAAUGUUUGACAAAUUGAACAUAUUCAGGAGGAUAUUCAUGCUAAUAGAUUUGCAUAAAAUUAUCCUCCCACUUGAACUGGAAAUUCUAUGAGAAUUGCUCUCAGCAAAUUCGAGCGCAAGAAUAUAUAGUAAUUAAGAGUAAAUGUCGAUUUCACCUGCAAAAUUCGCAUUCAAUGCAUGUAAAGAAAUAUUAUUAAUAAUAAUAGAUUAUAUAUAAUAAAUGUAAUAAAAAGUCCUUUUAACUUUGAGAUAAUGAUAGUAAAAUCGGUAGCAUAAUGUAUAAAGGUAAAGAGAAUACCAAAAUUAUUCAAGUGAAUUAUUUGAUUACAGUUUCUUUUCGAAAGGAAAACCAAACACUAUUUUACUUUCAGUGCAAGUGUGUAAAUAUUAGCCUGAGACAUAGAACAUUGAGGAUCACAUAAAGUAAGAAAGAAAGAAAGGAAAAAAAAGUGUGAAUAUAAAUACUUUCUAGAUUUUAUUAUAAAAGUGAAAAAAAGUAUAGGUUUAGAGUGUAAAAUAAUUUGUUACUUUUUUAUAAAUCAUUUUAUACAAUUAAAAGUGGAUGUUAAAAAGUCUAAGAAAAGAAGAACUCAUGAAUGAUUGUUAUACACACCAAUUUAAAUAAUAUAUUCUUGUUUUAUUUUUAUUUACUCUCCUGUUUUAUUUGUUCUCUGCUUUUUCUUUCGUUUUGCCGUUCACCUUUUCCCGUGAUUUGGUUGUCGACGAGAAAGAGAGAAAAAAAAGAUGAAAAUAUACGUAUUUUAGAUAGAGAUACAGAAUAAACAUUCUUAAACAUAAUCUGGUGAGUGUAAUUGAAAAGUUAAAUACACCAUAAAAUAGUACACAUCUCAAGCAGUAUAAAAUUCAAAGUGAACAAAAAAAAUAAUCCUUAUCAGUGUAAUUAAAGAAAGUAUUAAGUAAAGAAGCUAAAUGUGCAACACCAUCUUAGACAUGGAAUACUAAUUAAAUACUAGAGUUUAAAACUAGAAUUGGAAAGAUAAUUGAAUCACGAAUUUCCUCACAAAUCUAAAUGGAUUUUAGACAUUUUUCAAUAGCUAAACGUGAACCACUUCUUGUGUCUUUUUACCUAUACUUUCUUCUGCAACCUUUAUUUUUAUCCACUUCCUUUGUCAGAGUGUAAAAGGUGGAGAAAAAUCAUAUUUCUAUUUUUAUACACAUUAAUAAAAGGGUACCUUUUGACAUGGACGAAAGUGAAAGGAAUUUUAUAAAGGUGUGUAAAUUGAACAUGAAAUAGAUUUUCUGUUGUUGGAUAAUUGGAGACAUUGCAAUAAUCCAGCUUUUUCUAUAUAUGAAAAAUGAGACGGAGCAAAAGGAGGAGGGUAGUGUGAGAGCUCUUAAAGCCACAAUAGAAUAUUUUAAUACAUAUAAAUUGUAUAUAAGUAAAUUAUUUUUUUAUCUUAUAGUGUUAAUACAAUAUACAGUAUUAUCUUUAUAGAACAGAGGAACAUGUGAAACAUGAAAAACUUUUACACUUGACGUUUUUUCUUGGAGAAAACCCGGACACGAAACGUUACAGAUGAGUAAAUUCAAGUGUGAAAUUCCUUCUACCGACGCUUAGGAUAAGGCGCGCAGCAUAAGUGAGGUUAAGAGGUGCUGGCUUAGCGCUCUGUCCAAAUGGCUUAGGUGCUCCUUGGAGACUUUUACAGGAAUUCUCUCUCAUGUAGAACUUAAAAAAAAUGAUGAAUGAAUCUACCAAUUGAUCAUUAUACAAGAAGUUUCCCACCUUCAGUACAAAAUGAAAAAGAAACGAAAAGAGAUUGACGAUGGCGUGUGCGAGAGAGAACACAGAAAAGGAUGAAGGAUAGGCAAAUAUAAAGAGGACUCCGAUUUCUCAAUAAGAUUGUACUGUUUUUAAACUUUUUCUCAACAAAAACAAAAAAAAAACACAAACACUCAACAUUCAACGUUGGUGAAUAAAAUGUGACGAAGAGACACUCUUGAAGAAGAUAACCUUAAUAUGGCAGAUAAAGAGAAAAAUAUUGCAUCCAUAAUAAAGAUACCUUACAUAGAAUUAAAAGAUGAUCUAUAAAAAUAGGAAAGUUAAUUGAUAGACGCCCAAAAAACUGUAUUUGGCUUCUGGCGCUACAAGUACAUGAUGAAUACAAUUAUUUCAAGAUUGCUAAGUUCUUCUCCUUCAUUUUAUAUAAUAAAAACGUGAAGACAAGAAAAGAGAGUUUAUAGAAUUCUGUGAGAAUUUCUAACUUAAUUUUAAGUGAAACAUUCUGCAAGUAAUACAAGGAAAUAUAAUAAUAAAGAGUAAUUAAUCAAUAUGACAAGAAAUAUCAUACAUGUCUGCUUAACUGCUUUCUUACAUAAUGGAUUUUAAGAAUGGACGAGAUGAUGAAAAAUGUCGAUAAAUACUCUUACACCAGCAUUCCAGAGUAUCCCCCUCCACACCCCCAAACCCUGGCAAGUGGUAUGAAAUACUCCUGAGUUUUUCUCUAGAAAGUUUAUCUAACUUAUCAAUGCAGAAGAAGAACAAUUUCAUACGUACAUGUAGUCUAUUUUUUAUAUUGUCUCUUUAAAACCAGAAAAAAAUGAUAUUUCAUAUGUUACAGAAUUAGUAUUGAGAAUUUAGUGAGAGAUGACUUGUAGACGAUUGAAAGUGAGUGUACAUUUUUCAUUAGUCUCAAAGAUAAAAAGAAAAUGAUGAAAAAAAUUGAAUAAUGUGAUGAUUUUUUUACAGUUUAUCUAAUGGAUGAAUAAAAACAAAAAGAAAAUUUACAUAUAUAAUACAACUAAAUGUAUCUAUUGAAUAUUAAUUGAAAAAAAAACUUUAUAUAUUACACUGUAAUACAUAAUGUUAGAUAUGUAGAUGAAAUUAUACUCUUUGUGUAAUUUGUUCAAAAUAAAAUGUUUCUACACUACGA